GUACCACACAGACACUUGUUCAUUCAGACAUAGUGUUAGGCAAUUUGCUGCCAGUAACAACCCCGUCCAGUGGAAACAACAUCAGGAACCAAACAGAGAUGGCUCAGAAUGACACAGGAGGAAGUUUCUUCAACUAUUCAAACAACACAGCGGAAAUCAAGUGCGCACCAGACCGUAGGAACAGCCAAGUGAUCUUCUCAGUGCUUUACACUGUUCUCUUCAUUGUUGGCCUGUUGAUGAGCAGCCUGGCAAUUUGGGUGUUCUUCGAAAUACCAAGCAAGUCAAACUUCAUUGUGUACCUUAAGAACACAGUCGUGGCUGAUGUUCUAAUGAUUGGAACAUUCCUGUUCAAAAUUAUUGUUGAGUCGCAGUUCAGAACACCCAAGCUCCAAGUCUUUGUCUGUCAAGUUAGUUCAGUCAUUUUCUACCUUACCAUGUACAUCAGCAUCAUUCUUCUAACGCUGAUAAGUAUUGACCGCUACCAGAAGACAGCAAGGCCAUUUGGCCAUUCAGGAAUCUGCAAACCCAGAACCGCUAAAUUUGUCUCAGCAACCAUAUGGGUGUUCAUGUUUCUCCUGGUGUUGCCUAACAUGCUGCUGUACAAGGGGAGCACCAUGCCUGUAAAUGAGCGCAAAUGCUCCUUGCUCAAGACCAAUCUGGGACUGAAGUGGCACGAGUUGGUGAACUUCAUCUGCCAGAUCAUUUUUUGGGGCAGCUUGGUAAUAAUCGUUGUGUGCUAUGUCCUGAUAAGCAGGGAGCUUUAUAAAUCCUAUCUGAAAACCAGAAGCAACUCCACCAAAACAAAGAAAAUCAACCUGAAUGUUUUUCUUGUGUUGGCUGUGUUCUUUAUCUGCUUUGUGCCUUUUCAUUUUGCCAGAAUCCCAUACACCCUCAGCCAGACCCGAGAUGCUUUCAGGUGUUCAGUCCAGGUUGCCCUGUACUACAUAAAGGAAAGCACAUUGAGCAUGAUAGCAUUAAAUGCUUGCCUUGAUCCAUUAAUUUACUUCUUUCUUUGUCGAUCGUUCAAGAACAUGCUGUUCACAAAACUGAGGCUCUGCACAAAGAGACUGGCUAACACAAGUAGCAAUGCAAACUCAAGCAUGGACACUUCUGUCUAAAGUAGGCCAAUGUAACACUGACAAAUUCCAAACAUUCUCAGUAAGGGAUGGCCAACCCAAAGAAACGGCACAGGUGUAGGUUCGAUUCUGCCUCAAGAUUUAAAGUCAAAGUCAAAUUUUUUUUUGUAAUUUCCACCUGUUUUCAUUGUAAGGAAGCAAGGCUUCAAAGUCAAGUUUUGAACUAUGAACUUUGAAGAAAGCAAGACUUGCACUUGCAUGAACACUCAUCAUGACCCAAAGUCAAAGUAAAAUUUAUUACCAAAGGAUGUACAUGUUACCUUGGGAUUAAUUUUCUUGUAGGCAUUUACAGGAAAAUAAAUAAUUACAAUAGAAUUUAUGAAAAAUUAUACAUAGACAAACAGACAAUCAAAGUGCAAGAGAAAUUAUGCAAAUAAAAAAUAACAUCAAUAACAUGAGCUGCAUUAUAAAUGCAAAAUGCAAGUAAACAAAAACGGCAAAAUUAGACCUAAAGUUGAAAGAUUGAAUGGAUUUAUUGAAUGAUCUGAGUGUAGAUGUUGUUCUGCAGAACUGUUCAUGUAAAAUGUUUCAAGCUGUGAUACAGCAAAAUGUAUCUACUUAUACCUUCAAAAAUAUCUACUUCUAUCUUCAAUGCAGUGAAAAAUCCCAGUGAGAUUUAGAUGUAAACCCUUCUACAAGAAGUGUUGAACGCCUUCUUUUUUUGACCGGAUAAAAUGCGUGCAAUCCAGAAGUACAGUACUGUGCAAACGUCUUACGCACACAUAUACAGCUAGGGUGGCGAGGUUUGUAGAUCUGUAGUAAUUUUACAUAUUGCAUUGUACUGCUACCACAAAUAAAAACAGAUUUCAUGACAUCAGUGAGUGAUGAUAAACCUGAUUCUGAUAUGUAUCUCUACCGUGGACUGAGAGAGGGAAAUCAUGGUUGGGAAAGGGGGAAGGGUAAUGAUUAAUGAUUAAUAAGCAAACUGUUUGGAAUCCAAUGACCUUACUUGGUACCUUAGAGAUGGGUAUGCCUACAGCCACAUCAACCUCUGCCCUGGCACUGCUUCUCUACCAUACAUCCUGCAAAAUUUGCACAGUAUUGUAGAGUCCUGACUUGAAAUAUCAACCUGCACUGUACACAUUUUGCCUCCAGAGAUGCUAGCUGACCCACGUAGUGUUCUGCUUAUCAUUCCAGAUUGGAGUAUUUUCACUCUCUUUUAACUUGUCCGUAUAUCUAUGUUCUAGCACAAUUCAAAUGGAGUCAGUACAUGGAUCUUGGGUGGUGGCUAAGAGUAGAAAUACAGAGCGGAGAGCUGACACACACUGACCUGAAAAGUGCCACAGAAUUUGGCAAGGGAAGAGUGCAAAGGGCUUCACAACAAAGAUCAGAGUGCCACGGUAGACCAAUGCUCCACAAAUGAAGGUGAUGCUGUUUAGUCAGGAAGGACAUUUAAGAAACUAAAUAUAGAGAUUAGGGUUACCAGAUGAUGAGGUAACUUUAACAAGAUGCAGGAAAUACCAGUAACAGUCAGAAUAUGGGUUUGAAAUUGGUCAGGAAGUUAAGGAUUACACAGAAAGGACUGAACAAUGAGGCUGAAGACAAAUUAGCUUUGAUGGAACUGUGAGCAGACUCAGUGGGCUGAAUGGACUAAUUAUGCUUUUAUACAGUAUCUUAUGGUAUUAUGAAACUCAGUACAGAAGAGCAAUAGAAAGCUGAGUGUGCAAGAAUCUUUCAGCUCAGUCUGAGUGAGCAAAAGGGACGAAGCACUGAACAAUGCAGUAUUUGAUGGAAGCUCAUAAGGCUGAAGUUGGUCUUUGCCCAAAGGAUCCAUGAUCCAUACCCAACUAUUGCCCAGAUAUUUAUCUGUCUACCCAAAAACCUUUUAAACACUACCGUCUUAACUACCACCCCGGCACCUACCACUCUUUGUAAAAACACUUGCUCUGCAUAUCUCCUUUAAACUUUCCUCCUCUCACCUUAAAGCUAUGCCUCCUUGUCUUUGACUGUUCUAUACUGGGAAAAAACAAUUUGGCCAUCCGUAAAAUUUCACCUUAUUGUGUAUAUUUUGAAAAAUGCAUCCUAUAUCCUUCAUAGGUCAGAUGUUUUCCCAUUUCACCAUGCAUUAGAGUUGGGGGGGAAUCUCACUGAAACGUAUUGAAAGCCCCAGAUCGAAUGGACGUGGAGAUGAUGCUUCCUAUAGUGGGUGAAUUGAUGAUCACAGUUCACAGCCUCGGAACAGAGGGCAUCCCUUUAGAUCAGACAUAAGGAAGAAUUUUUUUAGCCAGAGGUAAAUCUCUGGAAUUCUUUGCCACAGACGGCUAUAGAAGUCAAGUCAUUGGGUAUUUUUAAAGUGAAGGGUGAUUGAUUCUUGGCUAGUCAGAGUGUCAAAGUUUGAGGAGAAUAGGGUUGAGAGGGAUAAUAAAUCAGCCAUGAUGUAAUGGUGGAGCAGACUUGAUGGGCCAAAUGAUAGUUCUGCUUCUAUGUCUUAUGGUACUAAUACUGGCCUAUGGAAAGUAUUACUCUAUCUGCCUGGAAAAACAGUGCUCUGCUUUCUAUCUUUUGGCUAAUCCCCACUAAAAAGUUCUUCUUGCAUUUACAUAUGCCAAUUAAUACUUGACAAAAAACCCACGUUACAAGAAUUGAAACCCACUUCCUAAACUGCAGAUGUCAGAACAUUCAGUUCCAAAGGAAAUAGACCCACGAUUAUAUUAAUAUCUGCCAAAUUUAAGCCAACAGAAAAAAUUAUAAACUGAUUGAGGCACGUGAAUGUUGAUGUCUACUGUAAUUUUUAA